GGGCGUGGUUACCAAGCCGAAGUUGGGUGUAGGAAGGUGACUGCUGCUUACUUCCGGUGAGAGGAGCAAGAUGGCUGCGUGCAUACUGAGUACACACCAAGCAAAGGGAUUAGUAAAUAACUCUGCAAUGGAUGUCCGAAGUGUCCUCCACGAGACCUCAUCCGAACUCUCAAAAAUUAAUGAUGGCGAUAAACUGGUCCAGGUGUUUAUGAAUAUAAAAAAAUACAUGGACGUGGAUGAGGAUUCUGCUCCACUCAAAGAAAAGGCAGAGUUCAAAAGGGUACAUUACACCCCUUUCCUUAGGCUUUUAGUGAACAACAUGGGACCACGGUGGGUGGAUCUACUGACACCUGAGAGGCUUGAAUUGUGGGACAGUUUCUUCCUAGAAGGACCUCCUGAUCAGGCAUUCCUGGUCCUUCUUGACAGUGUGGAACGAACAAAACCCAGCAUCUGCCUGGACCGAUGUGUGCAUGUUCUAGAGCGAUUCCUGCAGCGGGGGGCACUGGCUGACCUCAUAUGGGAAAUUUGUCAACAGCAGCUGGAACCUACCCCCACACCAGUUUUGCAUGAGGUUAUUCUCGGAAGAAUCUGCAGCUUGCCGGACCAUCUAGCCAAUUCCCUCCAAAAACGAAACAAACCCCUCUUCUACCCAAAGAACUACUACCCCCGUGUGGCGGGCGCCAUCCUGCGUGUGCUUCGUAUGAUCUCUGAUUCAUUGAGAGAAGGGAAAGGAUGUUCAAUCUCCUUUGUAUCUCAAGUCAUGGGAAAAGUCUGCAUGCAGGGCCAUCAGAUUGAGCUGCUUUCUGUGUUGGUCCCUCACCUGCUCACCCUACUAAAGUCAGAUUGCAUCUAUCAGAGACUCUCUUGGCGAUUGGUGGAGUCAGUGCCUGAGAGAUGGAUGGAUGCCCUAAUCACUGGUAUUCUUCAAGUGGCACGGGGGCCAGCCGAUGUAUCCAAGUUAUUGGGUGAUUUGGUCUUGAAGAACAAGAAGGUGGAAUAUUUGUUUACCCAGAAGAUGCUAUUUCUGCAGUACUGUGUCCAGAAAGAGAAACUACAAUGCAUUCUGGGAUACCUGUCCUUGGAGAAGAGUCGCCGACCUUUAAUGGUUAAGGUGCUACGGGAGCUUCUGGAAGUGUGGUCAUCUGCUAGUGUGGUCAAGCACUCCCCUCACGCUCAAUUGCUGCAUUUGAGCCGUUCAAUCCUCAUUUGUUCGAGUCUUAUGAAUGAUGAUGAGAUACAAUCCUGCAAAGAAGAGAUAAAAUUUGCACUGGUUAAUGGUACGCAUGUCUACCUGGAUAAUUCAAUUCUGAACACCAGGCGGUUGGGGAUGCUAGUCUCGGAAGCUUUGAGCAAAUAUCUUAACCCUGAGCCACUACAUUUUGAGUAUGAAGAGGACGAGGAGAUAAAAGAACUAAAGUCACUUUUGUCUCCGCCAUGUAUUUGUCCUUCAAACGUAGAAGAGUCAGUGAAGAUCCCUGGAGAAAGUUCCCCUUCCAAUGUGUCACCUCCCAGAAAUGAUGAUGUAAAGCCUGAGGAGGGCUCUAGGUCUGCCAGCAGAUCUGAUUCUGAACUGGACAGUGAUGAUGACCUUGUACCAUAUGACAUGAGUGAAGACACAGAGUUAAAGAAGAGUAGUGCUCCAGCCUACAUCCGAGAUUGCAUGGAAGUGCUGCUAUCGGAUGACCUUGAAAAGGUGGAGGUGACCAUGAGAGCGCUGGCUCCCUUGAUUCGUGCAAACACAGCCGCCUCCAAAGAGGUCAGUGUUGAACUGGUGAAGAUGCUCCUGCAUAUUGACCAACCUGGCAUUGAGCAUUUUGAAGAACUGCGGCACGAAGCUCUAGUGGCUUCAACCGUUGUGGAUCCUAUAUUGGCGUCAAAGUAUCUUACUGGUGAAUUUUACUCCUUAAACUACAACCUGCGGCAGCGGAUGGAUAUUUUAGAUGUUUUGGCAUCUGCAGCAAAAGACCUUUCAAAACUGGUGGCUCCGACAAAAUCUGUGAAACCCAAACCUCAGCCUGCUAACAAAUCAGGCACCCCAAACACUGCUGCUACUGCUGCUACUGCUGACUGGAAGAAGAUAGUGGAGGAGAGGAUCGCAAUGAAGACCAGGAGGUUUGGCAAGGGACAAUCUGCUCCUGAACCGGUCUCAGUCCCAAACAGUUUUCAUGUAGUAGCCGGACACUUCUUUUUUCCACUUAUUCAAAACUUUGACAGACCUGUCGUGACAUUUGAUCUUUUGGGCGAGGAUCGUCUGGUACUUGGGAAGUUGGUGCACACACUCGCCUGCCUGAUGCACCUUUCUACAAAUGCCUCGGUUGCUUCACAAAUGGGGAAGGCCCUUCUGGAGUUUGUUUGGGUUCUUCGCUUCCAUUUGGACCCGUAUGUGAGACAGGGACUCCUCUUCUGUGUCUCCACCAUUCUACUCAGUGUCCCCUGGGAGCGACUGAUGACUGACAUGGCAGAAGAGGUCAUUGAGACACAACGCUGGCUGGCAGAUGUAACUGAGCGAGACGUGGAUGAUGACUGCAGACGCAUAGCUUUGAACGGCCUUGUACUGAUGGAGAAAUUAAAGAAAAAUCUUCACAGCAGAAAUAAGAAAUAAACCUGAAAAUGAUCUUUUUAAAGUACAACUCUCAUCACAAAUUUAUCUUUUUUUUUUUUUUUUUUUUUUUUUUUUACUUUUAUUGAAAAUUAAUGUUUUUAUUUUUUGGUUUUAAUGGUGUAUAUUGAUUUAUUUAUUUAUUUCACUUUAUAUAUUUUUCACUUUAUGUGAUUGAGCAGCCGUGUUGGGUCAGAUUCUACUAGAUCUGUGUAAAAAUCUGUUAUUAGUCUAAAUAAAAUGCCUGCUGCGAUACCAGAACCAAUCCAUUCGGAAUUUUAUUCAGACGAACCGGUUUAAAAGAUUUUUUUCCCUGUGUCUAGAUUCUACUGAAAGCUGACCAACUGCUUCUCGACUUAAGCUGCCGCAGUUUGCCAGAUAACCGAAUCUGAUCAAACAUGUCUGCUCAGGCAGAUAAAGUGAAAUCUUCUAUAAAAGCAAUCAUCAUAAAAUAAAAGUAAAA